UCUUAGAAAAAAUAUUCAGGACACAGACGUGACAUAACUAUUUCAACAGAGAGCUAAGAAGAAAGAUGAUUCAAAUUGGAGCGUUUACGAUUUUAAUCAUGGCAAUGUUCCUGAAGACAGAGGCUGUCUCGAUCUUUCUACCACAAAGCUUCCUCUACGGUCAAAACAAUCCUUGGUCGAGACACAUGUACAUAUACCCUGAUCCAAAAUUAGAUUAUGGCAAUGAAGUCAACGUUGACACAUUUCCCGGAGAAAAAUUCAUUUCUUAUGACCAAAUGCAACCAUAUGUUCCGCUCAACAUGCCGUUGCAAAAAGAUCGCACAGCACUACCGUUAGCAGCGAAGCGUGCAUUUAAUGGCUUACCUACGAUAGCUAAACGUAUUCACACGUGCGCGUUCAUGAGACGCCUCGGACUUCCGAUCGGUUUAUGCUUCAAAGGCUCUAGAAGCAGGGUAAGCCAGCAACCAGCAGUUGAGGAGGAGGAUUCACCGGAACAAGAUGCCUAUGACUAUCUUCAAACACAAUGGCCAGUUCAAAGCAUGUUUGGCGGUGCCGUAGGAAAGUGAUCAUGAUAAUGAUGAUUUUUGCUUCGGUUACGUGAUAGAAAGUGUAUCCCACGCUUGUAUAUAACAAACGUUUAUAUUAAGAAGAAUAAAGAAUAAAACGCUGAA